UCGUUGUUCACUUUUGAGAAGAAUAUAACUUGUGAUGACGACGAUAAUCAGUAUGUACCUGCUGCACACGAUUUGCUGCAGGAAACGCUCCCCUACAGCACUCACCGCUCAUCCUAUUCAACAACCACUACAACUUCACCUGCUUCAACGCCAACCCUGACCCGUUUCCAGCCACAAGUUGAAUUUGAUAAUUCUUCAGGAACGACGGAAUCACUGUUAUCAGAUGAUGCUACCAAAUCGUCGAUUACUCCACAAACGUCGUCAUUACCAUUGUCCCUCUCGUGGGCAGACGACCCCGCAAAAACAUUAUCAUUGCAUCAUGCAAACGUUUCAAUCGAUGCUCCUUCUACUUCUACGUCAGUAACAUUAAUGAUAACUAAGACUACACCACGACCGCAACAGUAUGUUAAGAAGGGACUAAGACCCAGUGGAAAACGACGCAAUAAGAAGCCGGGAAGACGGAAAAAUAAGACUCGACAUAAGUUCAAAGAUGUGCAAGGGGACGUUCAUAAAGCGAAUGGUGAGCAUACGUUAGCAUCAACGACCCAAAUCUACCAACAAUUCAACGAUGAUAAUUCGUCCUCAUCACGACCGUCCACCUCAUCACCACCCUAUUCUCAGUACACUUCAUCGCAAUCACAAAUCAACCAUAUCAGCUCCGAAUCACAUCUGCACACCAGCCUAGCAACACCUACAUAUUCACAUUCCACUCUGCCUUCAUCGAUUCACGAUCAACAGCAACAAACCACCACCAGUUCAGCGUUGUUGGUUCAUUUUUCGAUAACUAUCAUCAAA